AUGAUCCGAGCAGACCGCACCAUAGUGGAGCCAGAUGACGAUGAUGAGACAGAGGAGCCAUAUAAUUUACAGGCAAGCAUUAAUAACCAUAAAGAUGCAACUCCAAUGGAAACUGAUGUCUCACCCCAGAAAGACCUGUCAUUGGAUUUGGACCUACUAGACAAGGCAUCAGACUCCCAGUCAUCAACCGAACUCACCACAACACCAUCCCAUCAUACCAAGUCCCAACACAAGCAACAAGGAGGCUACGAGUGCAAAUACUGCUCCUUUUCCACCCAUAACCUGAACACUUUCAAAGAACAUGUCGAUGCAAACCACCCCAACGUCAUCCUGAACCCUUUGUAUCUGUGCGCUGUCUGCAAUUUUAACACCAAGAAGUUUGACACCUUAACCGAACACAAUGAGAGGUGCCACCCCGGCGAGAGCAACUUUAAAUUCAAGCGCAUCAAAAUGAAUAAUCAGACAAUCUUGGAACAGACAAUAGAGGGAUGCAGUAAUAAUGCCGUUAUUUACAACUCUUCUAGCUCUGUUUCUGACGGAGCAUUGGGUAAACUUGCCCCCGAGUUGGUCAAGAAGCCAAUCACCGCACUGAAUGUGAACGGGACAGUCAUUAUCCCAGAAUCAACGCUCCUCAAAGCGGACAGCCUUGCUCACAUCAUGCCUUCACUUCAGCGGCCUCUCAACUACACACAGGUGCCCAAAAUCGCAGUGCCGUUGAACACGACCAAAUAUAACCCAUCCCUCGAUGAUAAUUUGACCCUCAUCUCCUCCUUUAAUAAAUUUCCUUACCCAACCCAGGCUGAGCUGUCAUGGCUCACUGCGGCCUCCAAACACCCAGAGGAGCAAAUCAAAGUUUGGUUCACCACACAACGGCUAAAACAGGGUAUCAGUUGGUCGCCAGAAGAGGUUGAAGAAGCCAGAAAGAAAAUGUUUAAUGGUACCAUUUCUCAAACGUUUGCUGUAGUGGCCCCUCAGGUCAACUCACAAACAUCGUCUAGCUCUUCCAAUUCGGCCUCCAAACCCAGUCCGUCUGCAGCUUCUCUGCUCCAGCAGCUGCCCUGUCAUCUCCUGGCUCAGACCAGCCUGGUGCUGACUCCUGUGGCAAACGGUUCUGCUGUCACCUGUGCCCCGCUGGCUUUGUCUGUGGCCAACCAGGUUGCACAAUCACUCAAAAGACCCCUGGCCUCCCCUGUGGUUUCCACAGAGAGCAAACGGCCGUCGAUAAUUCAAACUAUUUCUACCCCUGUGCUCUCACCCAAACUGUCUUCAUCCAAAGUCCUGAGCUUCACCAUGGACCCAAACAAAACUGCAGAGCAGCUGUCUGUGUUGAGGGCCAGUUACACACAGUGCCCCUUUCCUGAAGAAGAUGAGAUUUACAGACUGAUAGAAAACACAGGGCUAUCUCGUGGAGAAAUAAAGAAGUGGUUCAGUGAGCAGAGACUUCUCAAUCUCAAAGGUGUUCCUCCCCCACCUGUGCUUGUCAAAGCAGAAGUCAAUAAUCCUCCUAAAGACGGUCUAGUUAAAAAGACUGUGCCGAGUCAGUUUCCGCUAUUGGAGAGAGUCAAGGGCAAGAGCUCUGAGCAGCUGAAGGCUCUAGAAGAGAGCUUCCAAAAGAGCAGCAGUCCAACGGAGCCAGAGCUAGACCAACUUGCUCAGGACACCCGUCUCUCCAAAACCGAGGUGGACUGCUGGUUUUCUGAGCGCAGUGCUCUGGAGAAGGCUCUGCGCAGCAUGAAGAGUGCGGAGGAACGUCCGGGGGCAAUGCAGAACGGAGCUGCGCAUUGUGAACAGGACAGGAAGCAUCGCCUCUCCCCCCCUCACCCCCCGGUUCUGUCCUAUUCCUCCGCGUCUCCUCCAGUACUGGCUGCAGCCUCCCCACAUCCACCCACUCUCACGUCCUCCGCCUCUCCUCCCAUCCUCUCCUCCUCCUCCUCUUCAUCACCCCAUCCCCCCGUACUCUCUGCAUCCAACAGCCCUGCGCCCAUCGCCAGCCGCUCCCUCGCUCUGCUCAGAGAGAUGUUCUGCCGGACACAGUGGCCGUCUCCAGAAGAGUACAGUCAGCUCGAGGUCCAAACUAGUCUGGGACGCACAGACAUUGUGCGCUGGUUCAAGGACCAUCGAUCCGCAUUAAAGAAUGGAGAAUCACUCGAUUGGAUGGAGGAUCAGCUGGAUGCAAACAAAGAAGUUGCACUGUCAGAGAAACCAAAAUGUAUUUCUAUAGACAACCUAUCGGCAAAAGAAGAAAAUACUGGUGUGAAAAUGACAGAGUACACAAAGCAGUUUGACCAAGACACUACGCAGUGGGGACCAGAAAAGAUGGAUCUCGGACUAAAUGACUUGAGACAGAGAACAGACAAAUCCAGUGAUAAAUCUGCUGACAGUGGAAGGUGUGUAAAGGUGACUGUUACGGCAGGGUCACAGGCUGAUAGAUGGUAG